AUCCAUUCAAUCAAUUCAAACAACUUCAAAAUCAAUCAAAUAUCACAUUCUUAUAUAAAAACUUCGAUAUUAUCACCGAAAGACAUACAUACAACUUUUAAUCAUGGCAGAAAACAAUGUUAGUGUUGUUAAUCAACCACAGGUUAAUCAAAGUGAACAAGAGAAGUUGAAGUACCUAGAGUUUGUGCAAGUGGCAGUUCUCCAUGCGAUUCUAUAUGCAUCAAAAGUUUAUGCUUAUGCUAAGGACAAUUCCGGUCCAUUCAAACCAAGAGUCGAGACAAUAGAGGGUACUUUUAAGACUGUUGUCGGCCCUGCAUAUAAUAAGUUCCAUGACACUCCUGUUGAGGUUCUCAAAUUUGUCGAUCGUCAGGUUGACGAGUCGGUAACUAAAUUCGAAAGUCAAGUGCCUCCUUUUGUAAAGGAGAUAUCGGCUAAAACCAAAGAAGUGGCUUCCGAUGUCAAGACAACUGGGGUGGUUCAAACAGCCCAUGGGCUAGCCAAGUCUGCAUACACCAAACUAGAGCCAACUGCCAAAGGACUAUACACGAAAUACGAACCAGUUGCUGAGCAAUAUGCUGUUUCAGGAUGGAACACAUUGAACCAACUCCCACUCUUCCCUAAGGUGGCUAAGGUGGUUGUACCAACAGCAGCUUACUAUUCUGAAAUGUACAACCAGACUGUGCAGCAAACAGCAGAGAAAGGCUACAAGGUUUCUUCAUAUCUACCAUUGGUGCCAACUGAAAGGAUUGCUAAGGUGUUCAACUCUACUGCUGAGCCACAGGCACUAUGAUUAUGUUCUUUGAUUUUUGCCAUAGUUAAUAAUUUGAAUAUAUUUUUUAUGCAAUAUUUUAAUUUCGUUAUUUGUCGGGUUUAGAUUAAUUUGUGGCAUUGAAGGUACUAUAUAUUUCGAACCGAUCGAUGUAAUUAUGAAAAUUGUGUACUUAUUAUUUAUGUCUAGUGUUUAAGGUUUAAUGAUACGUAAUAUUUUGUA